GCUUUUAAAGCUAAACUAACUCCAUUACUCCUUGCUUUGGAGUAGUCGCAAAGCGAGUCUUGUCCCGAGAACACACACAGAACCUGAAUCACGCAGAUGUCCGCUUGAUUGACUGCUCCUCCCAUUUCCGUCCGUGCGCGAGCGCGAUCUUGGGCGCUUCCGCUCUGCCUCUCCUGGAAAUUCUCCGUUCUCGCGGUUCUCCAUAUCCCUGGCCAAAGGUGCUGCUUGUGUGAUCCAGCUUUGGGGGAGUUCUUGGAUUCCUGGCAUUGUGCUCUCGUGGACCCAGAGCUCCACAAGAUUGUUGAAAUAGUUUGCCAAUCUAGAGAGAGAGAGAUAUCCUACUUUAAUUGGUUUCUUGGCCUUGGCAAUGCCAUGAGCAAGGGGAACACCAAGACCUAGAUCUUUACAGCUUUAUAGCUCAGGGAUCUUGUCACUUCGUGCUUCUUCGUUCUGAUCUGUGGUGAUUGGAUUGGAGACAAGGAGAAGACAGAGAGGGGAUUCAGGUUACUCUCAGUUGUGUGAAGAUGAAGUAUAUGAAGCUUGGAGCAAAGCCAGAUGUCUUUCAGACAGAGGGGAAUAUCAGGUUUGUGGCAACUGAACUGGCGACGGAUAUUGUUAUCACUGUAGGAGAUGUCAAGUUUUAUCUUCAUAAGUUCCCACUUUUGUCCAAGAGUUCCCGUCUGCAAACAUUGGUUGCCUCCACGGACGAGGAAGGCAACGAUGAAGUAGACAUUUCUGACAUCCCCGGUGGACCUUCAGCAUUUGAAAUCUGUGCAAAGUUCUGCUAUGGUAUGACCGUCACGCUGAACGCGUACAACGUCCUCGCGGCCCGCUGCGCGGCCGAGUUUCUCGAAAUGUUCGAGACGAUCGACAAAGGGAACCUCAUCUACAAGAUUGAUGUGUUCCUCUCCUCCAGCAUAUUCCGCACCUGGAAGGACUCGAUCAUCGUGCUGCAGACAACAAGGUCGCUCCUUCCCUGGUCAGAGAACCUGAAGGUGAUCAACCACUGUGUGGACUCCAUCGCGGCCAAGGCUUCCAUCGACCCCUCGGAGGUCGACUGGUCGUACACCUACAACCGGAAGAAGCUGCCGUCGGAGAGCGACCCCGACUCGCACUGGAACGGCGUGAGGAAGCAGCUGACGGUGCCCAGGGACUGGUGGGUGGAGGACAUCUGCGACCUCGAGAUGGGCUUGUACAAGAAGGUGAUCCUGGCCAUCAAGGCCAAGGGGAGAACCGCCGGCGAGGUGGUCGGAGAAGCGCUGCGAGCCUACGCGUACCGAAGGCUGUUCAGCACCUUGGACAGUGCUGCGAGCAACGGGCUUGACUGCACACGGCACCGUGCGGCUCUUGAGACCAUCAUUUCUCUGCUGCCACCUGAGAGAGGCUCCGUCUCCUGCGGCUUCCUGCUCAAGCUGGUGAGAGCGGCGUGCUUACUGGGGUCAGACGAGACCUUGCGCGGCGACCUGGUAAAGAGGAUCGGCUCGCAGCUGGACAGAGCUUCCGUCUCUGAUCUUCUGAUACCCGCGAGCUCCGACGAGAAUGCUCUCUACAAUGUUGACCUGGUGUCCUCGAUACUGGAGGAGUUCAUGGUGCAGCGCAACGGCGAUGAUGAAGCAUUGGAGGACGGUGAGAGCUACCCGGCCUCUUUGGUCUCUGGCGGCGACUCGGAGCUCGCGUUGGUGAGGCUGGUCGACGGGUAUCUAGCCGAGAUCGCCAAAGACCCCAAUCUCCCUCUCCAAAAGUUCAUCGCCAUCGCUGAAAUGGCGCCCCUCGCGGCUCGGCCGACCCACGAUGGGCUCUACCGCGCCAUUGACAUGUAUCUCAAGGAGCAUCCGAGCCUGACGAAGAGUGAGAAGAAGAGGCUGUGCGGGCUCAUGGACUGCAAGAAGCUGACCGCCGAGGCGAGCUCCCACGCCGUGCAGAACGAGCGCCUCCCUCUGCGCUUGGUCGUGCAGGUCCUCUUCUUCGAGCAGCUCCGAGCAUCGGCCUCCGCCGAGGCGGCAGCGUCUGAUCACCACCCGUCCUCCGCCCUGC